AUGUGCCUCGGUAUCAUAAGAAAUCUGUUCCCUGGCCACGAGACUUUCGAGGACCUUGCCUAUCAGUUCGCGGUAGAUUGGAACCGCCUCCAAUAUAACUACCUACCCCGUUCAUAUUACAAAAAAGCGUGUGACUUCGCUUGGUGGUAUAUGGACAAUCGCGAGAAGCGCAACGCAAUACUGCAAAGGAUGCGUCAACUGAAACAGAACAGCGAUGUUUACCAGUACAACUUACUGCAGAACCAAACUUCAACCAAACGCCAGUUCCGGUCUCCAGAUCAGAUGAGCAUGGACAUGGUCCCGGAAUACGAUCCGGAUGCCUAUACUGAAGAAGACCGAAGGCGAGAACUCCAAGUACUAAACGCUGAAUUCCGCCGAAUCCAGCUCAAGUUAUUCGACAAAUGGCAUGACGCCCCUGAUGACGCCGCGGCAAGGCUCUUCAAGCUACGGUUUGGUCAUAAAGAUAGGGAGGGCCGUUCUGAUAUAUGGUAUAACGAGCGUCGGUCCUGUAGUGUGGGCGGAGGGUGCUGUGGACGCGCCUGCGGGUGUUGUGAGAAACCUCUGCACGAGUACUACGUGGAUACUGGGCGAAUGGCUGUCGCCGCUCGCAGUACUGAGGGGAAGGAACUUGUUCGAGUAUAUGGCCACUGCACUGCCGAGUGUGCCUGCUGCGUGAUAACACAUGGCGUGUACAAUCCGCGUCAAGACCUUCCAAAACCGAAAUUUGCCCGGUAG